CCAGACAGCGGCCUGAAUGCCUGGGAUGAGCGCGGGACGGCGGUGGGACGCGCGAGAGCUUGGCCGGGCCACGUAGCGGGGCUAAAGACACCGGUAAGCAGGUACCUCCGCUCCGCAGCGUGCACAUCAACAGAUAACUUAAACAUUUGCAGAAAGAUUAGAUUAUUGGCUUCUCUUAAUGCACAUCCGCAAAUGUAGAGAGAGUGAGCGAGAGAAGUGCGCGUGCAAACCUGAAUCUGUGCAACUCUGAUUGCACGAACGCAAGAGAGAGGUCGCUCUCGACGGAGGUAACGCACUGAAUGGCUCUUCAAGCAAUACAGAGAAGUCCUAACAGCAGUGCCAUGGCGGGCAUCCAGCUCUGCACCCUGCAGGGCAGCAACCUUCUGAGAAACUGAAUCCAUGAUCUGCCUUCGUCUUACAUACUAACAAGAGGAAUUUACCUUCAAAUGUUCAGCAUCAAAGACACCGAUUGAUUUUGCAGUUUGAUUUCUAGGCAUAUGGAACAAAACUUAGAACAGAUUGUAUGUCUCUCCGACUGCAUUUCCUACCUUAAACAACAUGGAUGCUCUUUUUGAAUCAGGUUAACUGUCUGUCGCCUCAUCCCCUCCUUCCUGUUUCUUCAGUCGUAGGAGGGUGGGGGAUUGGUGUGGCGUCCCCUGCCCCUCCUUUUUAAAGUAGGCUAGUCGACCUUUUCCAUUGCUCUGUGCUCCCAUCAAUCCCAAUUCCUCUUCAUGAAAUCCUGCAACAACCUCAAGGAAGAGCUUUCUGUACCUACCUUUGGCGGGAUGUCACAGGAGGAAGGACGCAGGGCGCCGGUGUCCCAGUCCUAUUUUCACUCCUCUACCCAAGAUCUGGACCUGACAAGCAAGCUUUAUAAGAGAGAGGUCGGAGGUAAGCCAUAUUCUGUGUUAGUGGACAAUAAAAUGGCAGCCAAGGCGUCGAUAGCAGAUCAGAACAUUGGUCAGUUGCCCACUCAUGUAACCUCACCGCAGUAUUUCAGAGAGGCAGGAGGAGGGCAGGAGGCGGGAUCCCAUGCUGGCAACGACGUCCCCUCUGACGACACUGAAGAUGACGAUGAGGAGGAGGAGGAGGAAGAGGAGGAGGGGGAAGAUGAGGGCUUCAAGCGGGAGCAGAUCAUUGUCGAGGUAAACCUGAACAACCAGACACUUCAUGUAUCCAAGGGAGACAACAAAACUGCAACCACCGAAGACGUCUCUGAGAGAGUCGGCAGCGACGAUGAAGAUGAGGAAGAGGAAGAGGAGGAGGAGGAGGACAGCCUCAAUGAAGAAGAGGAGGAAGACGAUGAGGAACAUGAGAUUGAGAGUAGAAGAACGAGGGCAAAGCGGGCCCGUCGUGGUUCCAGCAGCACGGGAGCUCCAAGCCAGCCACGGAGGAAAAGCCUGAGAACGGCUCUGAGCAUGACCACCGCUGGGAUGACCACCAGGGGCCGGCGGAAGCACCUGGAUUCUCCGAAGAGCAAGCGCAGGUCAGCAAGAUCGGCCCCGUCGUCUCCAGGUUCCACGGCAACGGGAGGGAAAGCUGAAGUGCAGGAGAAGGAGAUGCUGGCGUGUGAAAAGUGCCCUCGAGUGUUUAACACACGCUGGUACCUGGAGAAGCACAUGAAUGUCACUCACAGGCGAAUGCAGAUUUGCGACAAAUGUGGCAAAAAGUUUGUCCUGGAGAGUGAGCUGGCCUUACACCAGCAAACUGACUGUGAGAAGAACAUCCAGUGUGUCUCCUGCAACAAGUCUUUUAAGAAGCUGUGGUCACUGCAUGAGCACAUAAAGAUUGUGCACGGCUAUGCAGAAAAAAAGUUCUCCUGUGAGAUCUGUGAGAAGAAGUUCUACACUAUGGCUCACGUCCGUAAGCACAUGGUUGCUCACACUAAGGACAUGCCAUUCACCUGUGAGACGUGUGGGAAGUCGUUCAAACGCAGCAUGUCUUUAAAAGUUCACUCACUCCAGCAUUCUGGAGAAAAGCCCUUCCGUUGUGAGAACUGUGACGAGCGGUUCCAGUACAAGUACCAGCUACGCUCCCACAUGAGCAUUCACAUCGGACACAAGCAGUUCAUGUGCCAGUGGUGCGGCAAAGACUUCAACAUGAAACAGUAUUUUGAUGAGCACAUGAAAACACACACAGGAGAGAAGCCUUUCAUUUGUGAGAUCUGUGGGAAGAGCUUCACCAGCCGGCCCAACAUGAAGCGCCACCGCCGCACCCACACGGGGGAGAAGCCGUACCCCUGCGAGGUGUGCGGCCAGCGCUUCCGCUUCUCCAACAUGCUCAAAGCUCACAAAGAGAAGUGUUUCCGGGUCACCAGCCCCGUGGUCCUGCAGACCAGCGGCCCACCCAUACCUGUCCGCAUCUUCACCAACACCUUCUCUUCCUCCAUCUCUGGUCCCAGUCCCUCGGCUGCCCCCCCGGCCACCACCUCAGCACCCCUGGGCCUCAACCCGACAGGAGGACCCCCUUUGGGACACACGUUCUCCCACGUAGAGCUCCACUCAAACCCCUCUCACCAACAUCCUCACCCUCCGACAACCCAGCAACACCUCUCAAACACACCCCAACAUGUCCCGCCUCACCCCCACCACCAUUUGGCCGUGCCCCCAGUCUCCCACCUGCCCCCACCCCCGGCCCUUUUUAAGAGUGAGCCCUUGAACCACUGUGGGCAUGAAGACAGCAGCUACCUGCACCACAUGGCUCCCCCUGACAAGGGUCCUGGAGCCCCGCAGCACCACUGAACUGUGCUUCAGCUCUGCAGCCCCCCACCAAACCACGCCUUGUUCCUCCGCUUCUCUGCGUCCUGCCUCAGUCUCUCAGUUGCUAGCCCCCUGAUGAAAGGGUGCUCCUCGCAAACGGGUUUAAAUAAGUCAAUAUUCAAACAUGCACACACACUCGCUCCACGUUUGAUUUAAGUACCUCAUCUACUUAAAGAACCCGGUCAACUGACAAAUAUUUCACAACAGAACCUUGUUCUUGAACAUGUUUUAGGAAAUCUAUGAUUUCUGUGCGAGUUCUCUAAUCUGUACCACGAUGGGUGUAAAGUAUCUCCUUUUUAUCAGAAGCUGCUGAUAGAGGUCAACGUAUGUAUGUAUUACUGGAUCAACAAGGGUCAGUGUCAUCGAACUUUUCUCUUUUUGUCAAGUUGACUUAUGGUCGCACAUUGACUGUCUGCGCCCUUCCUCCCCAUAGCAAUACUAAACCUCUUCUCAUAGUUAAAUGAGAGCCUCACCCCACAGAAAUGAUUGAAUGUUGCUCUACCCGAGUCUCUCUGUCCUAAGGCUUUCUGUCAGAGGGGCCUCAGCAGUAGUGCAACACGCAGUGCCAUAGGUUACAGUUAGAAGUGGGGAAGACUUUUUUUAGGGGACAGUGGAAAAGAGGUUUAGAUUUUUGUUAAAUGUUGACUAAGACUGAGACUCACAUCAUGGUUAAAUGGUGCUUUCCAUUCCUAUAUACACAAUGUUUCUUAAUUUUGCUUUCCCGUUUGAUUUUGAGAAGUGUGUCAUAUUACAAAAUAACCAUGUAUUGUGUCAGCCCUGCUUUUAUAUAACAUAUUUGAGGUUUGACUGGUUAUUUUGUGAUUGAGAAACUCAAUUUAUGCAGGACACGCACCCUCACACUUACUCAAGCACACAUCCAAAACACAAAGACCAUAGUUUGGUCACUGAUAAACUUGCUGUGUUCAGUGACACCUCAGCUCUGAGCUCUGUUGGUCAACAGAUGCUUUUAGAUAACGGAUGACUGUCAAAUACUGCCACUGUGAGGGGCCAGACACGUGGCCCCAUCAGGAUUUACCCCACUUCCCUCCGCUGCUGUCGAAAUGAUACGGGUUACCAUGUGAAAGGUCUUUUGACACACAAACAGUAUAAACACCUGGGACCUUUUUUCAUCACAGUUCUUAACAGGCAAUUAUGCAGAUUCCUCUCAGCCUAUAUUCCACGGUUUGGUGUGGGGUGUGUUGUAAUGUAAAGUUAUUUUCCUCUUACUGAUAUACUUUGAUCCACACAGGCAAACGCGUGUCUAAACCUGUUGAAUGUUGCCUACUCAGAAUGAUGGCUGAUAAGUCAUUGAUAUAUUGUUUUUUUGUUUUUCUAAUUAGCUGAGUUUGAAGCUAUCGGGCUGUUCUGCAGUGGACAUACUGUUAGCACAUGAUAGGACAUGUCAGGAUACACAGCAGUGCUCAUACCAUUUCUAUUGAAUUCUUGUAUAGAUAAGCAUUCAUGUGAUCAGCAUACAUUAAGUCAUGUGAUAGCCGAUGGUGAGAAUGUUAUGUUUCAAAAAAUAAGCAUAAAUGGCUGGAAAUAUUUGGCAUGAAUUUGAGAUGCGUGGUCGUUAGCCCUUCACCCAGUCUGAGGCCUAUGAGAUAUGUGUGUGUGUGUGUGUGUGCUCUCCUACCAAAUGCUGCUUUUAAACAGUUUGCCCUAACACAUGACCUGAGAUGGAAAAUAGCAGUACAUUUAACAUAAUCCUCUUUGUACCACUCUAACGGUACAGUGAUGCUCCGGAGUUUGGAAUGUCCCAUUUUUGGAUUUGAGACCUGCAAUUAUCCUGCCAUUUCUGUGGGUCUGAAUACGGCUGCAUUAUUUGCAUAUUAUCACGAUGUCCCCUCGGGUUCACUGCUGUGCUAGAGCACUUAUGCAGCACGGAUCUUUGUCUUUUUUCUUUUUUUAAGCCUUUUCAUUUGUGUGUAUUCUCUGCACUUUACUGCUGCGUGGGUGAGGCGCAGGGAAGGGAGGGACUGACAAUGCAUUGUGGAACCGAGUGCAGUUGUGGCUGCAUGAGAAAGGGUGGAGGUGAUCAUUUUGAGUGGAUGUUUUUAGGCAAGGAAAGGAGGAAAGUCCUGCGUGGAGGCGGUUAGUGAGAAGUUACCAUUGCAAAUGAAGGACAUGUCUUUAAGUGUGCGCAUACAUUUCAUUUCCUGUUAUUUGACAGUAAUACACUCUUGUUCCCAAAUGGACCUCUAAAAUUGAAAGCGGUUUGUCCUGCUUUGGCGACAUUACACUAGCCCCUCCUAGCCGUGUCUGAAAUACAUUCUUCUGUUAUAUAUUUUUGUUGUUCAGUUUUGUCUUUCAGUUUGCUGAAAGAUUCUCCUCCUCCUUUCUUUGUUAUAUAGAAUGCACUUUCUACUAAAAUUCUUGGCUAGUUAAGAAAAAUAACAUUGUAUAUUCUUUAAAGAUGUUUUUAAAAAAUCAAUAUACUUUUCCCCUUUGUAUUUUUAACCACUUAAUGUAGCAUUGCGUAUUUUAUUAUUGUAUAUGGUACAAAUGUGCAGCUUUAUAAUGUCCUUGUUUGUCCUUUUUUUGUAUGUUAUCUGGAGAUGGAGAAGUGAAGAAGUGGGCCUUUUUUGAUAAUGUACAUUUAACUGACUGCUAACUUUGAGAAGUAAAACAAGUAGCCAUGAUUAUCACA